AUGUUUUUCAGAGACACUUUGAUUCUGCUGUCUCUGAUGGGGGUGUCUGGGUCUGUUGAGAUCUGGAAAACCCCCAAGGGCGAUAAGUAUGCGGUUAAGAUUUACCAUGAGAAGGAGGCCCAUGAGCUGAGAAAAGAGUACCAAAAGAGGGUCCUCUUCGAAUAUAGACUUCUAAAACAGCUUAAACAUGAAGCGUUUUUCUUGCCUUCGAAAUAUACCAUUUCAUGGAGCGGCCUUACAGUGAGUAUGUAUAUGGAAGCUGGGCUGAAUGAUUUGGCAGCACUUCUACGAAAGCAAGGCGCUCGUCAGUUCAAUGUCGCUGAGAAUAUGUGCUAUUGGAGGCAGCUUGUUUCUGGAAUUGCGUACCUUCACGAACAAGGAAUGAGCCAUAGAGACAUCAAACUAGAGAACAUGUUGUUAGAACGAGCUACCGGGAGACUCAAGAUCAUAGACAUGGCCACAGUGACCACAAAAAAGCCUGCUCUCGGCAUAGUGGGCUCUCCAAGGUAUAUGGCGCCGGAAAUGGCGUCUCAGAUUAGGUAUGAUGGGCAAAUAGCGGAUGUGUGGUCUCUAGGAAUAGUGUUGGUGUUUUUUGCAACCAGAAAGUUCUUAUGGAAGACUGCUCAUAUAGACGAUGAAAAGUUCGAGAUGUGGUCCAAGGAUCAAAAACUAGAAGAUUUGGCCCUCCCAGCAAGUUUGAAUAAUCUUGUUGUUGCUCUAUUGACAAUUGAUCCCGAACAGAGGAUGUGCACCACAGAUUUACUCCGGCACUCAUUCUGCAAGAGCCUUCCCUGUUGUCAAGGCUCAAAGAGCUGUGGAGUGGAACAUAGGUUAUUGAAAGUUCUGGAGAUAUGA